AUGAAGAACUCCGCCUAUCACUCAGGUAUCAAGCGCACACCAUACAAAGCUAUGUUUGGUUGUGAUCAUAAAGUGGGUCUAACAUCAUCAUGUCUCCCUUCAGAGGUUAUUGAGAGACUUCAGACAGAAGAUGACCUGCUUGCCCUUAUUUCAGAACUAACAGAAGAUGAAGUGUCAGCUCACACCUCGCCUACAGCAGACACUACAGCAUCAACCAACACUGCUCCGUCUACACUCCCAACAGGCCAAUCCCCACAGCCUACACCAGAGUUCACAUCGCCAACCCACACCCAUGAAGAGUCUCCACCACUCAGUCUGUCACCACUUACAAGACGUGAGCGUGAGAUAACACAGGAAAGGAAGCGAGCAAGAGAAGCACAGCUCUCGCAAACUAAGCGCAUGGUAAAGCGCAGCAGGUUAGACUCGAAGGCAGGGGAAGUAGGAGAUAAUGAUGCAGUUUCCAUUCCUUUGGUGGAUAGGGGACGAGGGGAUGCACGUAAUAUCCUCGGUGUCAUCAUUGAUCGUGAUGAAAAUUACCUUUACACCAUAGCCGUUAAGAGUGGCAUAAUCAAGACCAAGUAUUCACGCAACCAAUUUGAUCUUUGUCCGCAGAAACUUCUCACUCAGUCUGAUGUCAAACAAGAUGAACAGGUUUCCCUUCGGCAGGCUUUGAAAUCUACAGCCACUCGUGGUCAGGGUUUCUUAAAAUGCGGCUGUGGUACAGGCAAAAAAAGGUGUUCUACAAAUCGAUGUAAUUGUUACAAGGCUAAGCGCAGGUGUAACAGUCGAUGUCAUAACAGUCUAACGUGUGCAAACAAGUGA